AUGCCCUGGAAAACUUUGCUGAGCCUGGUAUAUAUGUCGAGAGCGUGCCAGGUGCAUGGAAAACAACACGUUUGCACCAUGACCGAAGAAAAAACGCAUUCGCUGUCGCCCAAUGACUCUGUCAGCAGCGGCAUUGGCGAGAUCAAGACCACCUCCAAGUGGCGUAACUUUGUCGAUUCCUUCAAGGAGGCCGACCUCCACGAUGUCGACACCGAGGGCAUGACCGAGCUCGAAAUCUCGCAGCUCAAGGCCGCUAACUCGCCCCUGCAGCGGUCCCUCAAGGACAGACACGUCAAGAUGAUUGCCAUUGGAGGUUCCAUUGGAACCGGUUUGUUUGUGGGAUCGGGAGGAGCUCUGGCCCAGGGUGGACCCGCCGCCCUGCUCAUUGCAUACACUCUUGUCGGUUCUCUUCUCUUCUGCACAAUCAACUCUCUCGGAGAGCUUGCUGUCGCGUUCCCUGUCUCAGGAGCCUUUGCUACCUUUUCGUCCAACUUUAUUGACCCUGCCUGGGGUUUUGCCAUGGGCUGGAACUACACUCUCAACUGGUUUAUCACUUUCCCUCUCGAACUAGUCGCCGCGUCUAUUACCGUCGACCUGUGGCGUGAAUUUAACAAUUCCAACAUCUCGCCUGCAGCCUGGGUUGCCAUCUUCUAUGUGGCGAUUGUGUCCAUCAACUUCUUUGGCGCCAAGGGCUACGGAGAGGCCGAGUUCAUUUUCUCCAUCAUCAAGGUUGUAGCCGUGGUCGGAUUCAUUCUGUUCUCUCUCAUUCUCGUCUGCGGAGGAGUCCCUGGAAACGGAUAUAUUGGAGGUAAGCACUUCCACGACCCCGGUGCCUUUGCAAACAGCUUCAAGGGUGUGGCUGCCACCUUCAUCAAUGCAGCCUUCGCGUUUGGAGGAACUGAGCUGGUCGGUCUAGCUGCUGCCGAGACUGAGAACCCCCGACGAGCCAUCCCCUCUGCCACCAAGCAGGUCUUCUGGCGAUGUUUCAUCUUCUACUUCCUGUCUUUGCUUUUCAUCGGCCUUAUUGUGCCCUACAAUUCUCCCGAGCUGCUUGCUCAGGGCUCUGUUCUGGGCUCUGCCUCUCCCUUUGUCAUUGCUAUCAAGAACGCUGGUGUCAAGGGACUGCCCUCCGUCAUGAACGUGGUCAUCAUGGUCGCCGUUUUGUCUGUCGGAAACUCCGCUAUCUACGGCUGCUCUCGAACCGUGGCUGCUCUGGCUGCCCAGGGAAUGGCCCCCAAGAUUUUUGGCUACAUUGAUCGAACCGGCCGACCUCUUGUGGGUAUCAUUGCCUGCUCCAUCUUUGGUCUGUUGGCCUUUGUCUGUGCCGCCCCCAAGGAGGUUGAGAACGAGGUCUUCUUCUGGCUUCUGUCGGUCGCAGGUCUGUCUGGAACCUUCACCUGGGGCUCCGUCAACCUGUGCCAUAUCCGAUGGCGACUGGCCAUCAAGAAGCAGGGCCGAGAGCUCAAGCGAGAAGUCACCUUCAAGUCGCGAGUCGGCAUCUGGGGCUCCAUCUACUCCUUUGUUUUCUGCAUUGUCAUUCUGGCCUUCCAGUUCUGGGUGGCUCUCUUCCCCGUUGGAGGAGCCGACCCUACUCCCCGGGUCUUCUUCCAGGCCUAUCUGUGUGUGCCUGUCAUUCUCGUUUUCUACUUUGUUUACAAGAUCUGGAAGCGAACUAAGAUCUGGAAGCUCGCGGACAUCAACCUCGACGUGGGCCGACGGGAGUUCGACUACGACGCCUUGCAGCGACAGCUGGAGGCCGAGAAAAUCGAGAUGGCUACCCGACCCUGGUACGUGCGAUGGGGCAACUACUGGUGCUAA